GCAGUGUUGUUUUUAUCGAGUAGAGAAAAUGUUUCGCUUCAGAUGUUAUCUAAACGCUGUGGCGUUUAUUUAAAAUAAAAAUCGAUACUUUGCUUACUAAUAGACAUACUAACAUGUAAUACCGGUAGAUAGGCAGUGUUUUUAUUGCAAUUUCGUGCCGUUUUAAGUAUGAUUAUAUCACCGGUGUUUUUUAAUAUGAAAAUUAUUGUUAAGGGUGGUUUUUGUGAGACAUUUUUGUAAUAUAAGGAAGGGUUUAUCCAAUGAAAGUGAUGGGUCAUAUUAGACUGCAUAAAUGGCCGUCCGUCAACAAACAGUUCCUGCUGGCCAUGCUGGUGGGGGUAGUGACAGGCUUCACCGUAGCCUACGUCGCCCUAACGCCCCGAGGCCUGUUCGCGGACCCGCACUUCAGCUACGAGAUGGAGGGCCUAUCGGGGCCCACCGUGGACCCCGGCGCCCACUCCGACAACGAGGAGUUCCACGCGAUGGAGGACUCGACGGUGGCCGACCGCAUGUUCGGCGAAGUUCGGGUGCUGUGUUGGGUGAUGACGGGGCCCAAGAACCACGAGAAGCGCGCCAAGCACGUCAAGGCCACGUGGGGCAAGCGCUGCAACGUGCUCUUGUUCAUGAGCUCCGAAGAAGAUGCAACGUUGCCAGCUAUAGCGUUACCCGUGCGAGAGGGUAGAGACAAUUUGUGGGGCAAAACGAAAGAGGCUUUUCGAUACGUUUACAAAAAUUACUACGAUCAGGCCGACUGGUUUCUAAAGGCCGAUGAUGAUACAUAUGUGAUAUUAGAAAACUUAAGAUACAUGCUUGUUCCGCAUAAACCCACCGAACCCGUGUAUUAUGGUUGCCGAUUCAAACCAUACGUCAAACAGGGUUACAUGAGCGGCGGAGCUGGUUAUGUUUUGAGUAAAGAGGCGUUAAAAAGAUUCGUAGAGGUUGGUCUGCAUAACUCUACAGGGUGUUCCAAAAGCAACUCAGGGGCCGAAGACGUGGAAAUCGGGAAAUGUUUGGAAUCGGUCAAAGUGAAAGCGGGGGAUUCCCGCGACUCCUUGGGACGCGGGCGGUUUUUCCCCUUCGUCCCGGAACAUCAUUUGAUACCAGGACACGUAUCGAAAAGUUUCUGGUACUGGGAGUACAUCUACUACGAGAGCAAAGAGAACUCGUCAAAAAGGGGCAUGGACUGUUGUUCCGACAACGCCGUUUCCUUCCAUUACGUCAGUCCGAAUCAAAUGUACGUUCUGGAAUAUCUGAUAUAUCACCUGCGACCUUACGGAAUUUCCUUUCACGUCGAUAUGCCUCCCGAAUUGGCCGACGUUUCUUCCAAUCGAUACGAAAAACCCGAUUUUACGCAGACAUAACCACAAAAAUUGCGAAUUUUGGCGUUUGGCGGCGCCACUGGUUCCCUUCGCCCAUAUAACAAAUAGUUUAGGUAAUUACGCCUUUUACGCGUAAGUUACCAAAAAAAAAAGACAAUAUAAAUGUCUCGAAAGAAGAUGCUAAGAAAUUUACCGACUACCACAAAUAGGUGGUAUUUUAUUUAUACCAAUGUGGCUGUGCAGAUGAGAUUAGUAUUUUUGUAUAAAACAGUAAUGAAAACGGCCAUAAAUAAUAAAUAUAUCUUGAAGGGUGUCCCGUAUAAUGAAUGUUCAUUUUUUGACACUCUCCAAGCAAAAUAUUGAAGUACAUAUCGAUAAUAUUACUCCUAAGUAAUUUAAUUUUGAUUUUAAAGUUUUUCCAUUGAAAUAACAAAAAGUUUUCAAUUUCCUUUAGCUUGGCGACAUUUUACGUUACUACGUGGGUGCCAUUGGUACCUAAUUAGAUGCUCUUUAAAAGAACUUGCAACAAUUUUACUACAAUUAAUAUAUUUGGACCUGUAUACAUGACGUCAUACUUAAUUUUUGCAUUUUACCGCAAACAAGUUACAAGUAAACAGUUAAUACAAUUUUUAUAGCAAACUCAAUUUCCUAUAAAAUAAGGUCCUUUUAAAUGUAUAAUGUAAAAGAUAUAGAGCAUUUAAUAAAUUUUACUGUCAAAUAUUGCCACAAAUAACGACAAAUAAAUCGACAUCUACUCGUAUACGAAAAUAAA